AGACGUCACUUAGGAGGGAGUUGUGUUUUAUUAUUGCCCAGGGAAGUGAAGACGAGCGCUUGCUGCGUCCCUACAGAGUGUCACAGACCACUUACGUUUAGAAUUGGAUGCUGUUUAAUAGUUUGGUGUAGUCAUUAUUCUGUUGUUUUAACUUUAGUUGUGUGACAGACCGUCGUCUAGGCUAAAACCGAGGACAGAUUAGACAGGUAGAGUCGAGGACGGACGGUUCGUGGAAGAAUGGCUCAGGUGUGGUUUACAGCCUCCUUAGUUGGGGUUCUCUGUUUCCUCUCGGUUCUAAAUGCGUGUACAUGGGACUCAAACACGGAGCUGGAGCAAGGCCUGAACCCUAGAUCAUUUGAUGACGGUGCGGCUUACCUGGCUCACCUGCCGAAUAUCUCAGACGCAGAAUCGUGUCAACAAGCUUGUUGUGACAACGAAGACUGCCAGCUCGCUCUCAUCGGGACUCCAGCGGACGGAAAGCCAGAGUGCAUCCUGAUCAGCUGUAUGAAAGAUGGCAAAGACGUGUGUGAUUUGAUGCCAAGCACACAGUUCAAGGUGUACCGCAAAACCCAGGCUUCUGCUGACGAUGAGCGCCAAAACGAGGCUGAUGUUCGCGCUGUAAACACGACAGAUCACUGUCUUCUGCCAAGUGUGGUGGGAAAUUGUCGUGCUGCCCUCCCACGUUUCUAUUAUGAUGUCACCAACCAGACCUGUAAGCAGUUUCUCUAUGGCGGCUGUGGGGGCAACGAUAAUAACUUUGCUACCCAGGAGGCCUGUGAGACAUCCUGUAAUGGGGUGACAGGUUCUGUGCUCAGUGACUCUCACGUUGUCUCUCAACGUAGCCGUAUGUCUGUCCCAGAAAACAACAAUGCUGACGAACCCAAGGCUCUUCAAGAGAUGACAUCCGACGAAUUUCAAGAGAAGUGCCAGGUUGCUGCACAGACUGGGCUCUGCAAGGCUUCCAUCAGACGCUUUUACUACAACAAUGGUGCCUGUGAGCCAUUUAUCUAUGGAGGGUGCGGCGGCAACAAGAACAAUUAUGAAACCGAGGAGACAUGCAUGACAACCUGCACAGUGAGAAUUAUUCCCAGCAACAAGAAGGAAUCUGAUAUCCCCACCUCACCUAACAGCACCUACACUUUCCAAGAUGCCUGUGUUGUGCCAUCCGAAUCUGGCCCGUGCCGUGCAGCCUUCCGAAUGUUUUACUUCGAGGCCAGCUCUCAGUCCUGUAAGCCCUUCAUCUAUGGAGGCUGCAAAGGAAACCAAAACCGCUACAGCAGUGAGAGAGAGUGCCUGUCAGUUUGUGCUGGUAAAGAUGGGCGUUUUGAUGAACAUGGACGCCACAAAUAUCAUAGCCAUUGGACUCCAGCCUUCUUCCUAGUGGCUAUCCUGGCCAUCAUGUCCGCCCUACUGCUGGUAGGUUUGAUCCUGAUUGCAGUGCGUAGGAACUCACACAGGAAUGUCCUCAUAUUGGAUGAUAAGGAGGAGUUGCUGCCUGAGGAGAACAUGUUUUUUGAGCAACCACCCAAAGCAGUUUCAAACUAAGCAGGAUGCCAGCUGUCCUGUUUCAGUGCCUGGUAUAAACGUCCAUCUAAUGACACUCCAACAUUUAAUGGAAUUCAACUAUUAUGAAUUUGAGUUAUUUUGAAGAAGGCUCAAUUUUGAGUUACAUUUUGGAAGAGAUUCCCUUGAAAUUAGUACAAUGGAACAUUAAUAAUUUUAGUAGAAUUAAAGAGUCAACGGUAAAUUUAAAAGAAAUACAGAGAAUAUUAAAGUGCAAUACUCGGAGCUGGCACGAUGAACUAAUCUAAAAUGCAAUGUUCCGAUGCAAAAUUCAACCCGGUUUAACUGUAUAAGUGGGAUACUUUGCACUAUAUUUUGGUGAGCUGGUUUGUAAUGAAAUACUUCUGUUACCUUUUUUCAUCUAUAUUAUUUUUUCAUUGGGUAGAAUCCUAUAUAGGACAAGUAAAUCAGCUGUCAGGCAUGUAUGUAAUGUGAAAAACAAUCAAAGAUGAAGCACAUAAUGAAUAACUUGCAGGUUUUACUGUGCAUAAGUCUAUCAUAUUUUUAGCCAUUAGAUUAAUUGAUUGAGGAAUUUUGUAUUGCCCUUUACCCCUGAUGGCACAUUUGUAGUUCUACAGUCUUCAAAAGGUCAUCAGUGAGACACACUCUGAUAAUACUAUGUGAAAUACUAAUUCAAGCCAUAAUUAGCCUUCUUUCUUUUCGUGUAAGCGUAUGAUUACAAGAAAAUCUCAAAAAUAGCAUUUUUAAAUAAUAUCCAGCAAAAUGAUCCAUUUUAUCUGAUUUAGCUUAAUUUUAUUUAAUUUUUUUAAAUAAGCAUGAUUACUUGCAUAAAAGACACAUAUCAUUGAGAUUUCAAUAUGAAAACAUAACUGUUAAUGGAAAAAUAGAACAAAUUAGGUACUUUGUUAUCAACAAACCAUGUCAUCCUGAUGUAGCAACUCUAUGCAGGCUUUUAUGAUGCUCUUCAUCGGUUGGCAUAUUGAUGUCCCAUAACUGUGAUUGAUGUACAUGUAAUUCACACCAGCCUGUUAUUCAUGUUACUACAGAAUGUGGUCCGUCUGGUACACUUUUUAAAUGGCGUUAUUUUAACAUUAAAAAAAUAGAGAAUG